AUGGAAGACUUCCUUCGUCCAAACGAGACAUCAGAAGAGUUGUAUGCGAGAUGUACCAAUUUAACCUACUUCGACUGCACCGAGGAGGAAAUGCUCUGGUGUAUGAUGGGGCCCAGACGGCUGCCUUUACUCAGGAUCGUGCCUAUCACCGUCUUCCUGUUACUUAUAUUCUUGACCGGGGUGAUUGGCAAUGUCGCCGUUUGCUUGGUCAUCAUCCGCCAUCCUGCUAUGCGUACAGACACCAAUUACUACUUAUUCAGUUUGGCUUUGAGCGAUUUACUACUGCUAUUGUUUGGUCUUCCCAACGAUCUCUCGGUCUACUGGCACCAGUACCCGUACAGCCUCGGCGUGGUCUUCUGUAAGCUGCGGGCUCUCAUUUCUGAAGCAGCGUCCUAUGUCUCCGUGUUAACAAUUGUGGCGUUCACUCUUGAACGUUACCUCGCGAUAUGCCACCCUCUACACAUCUACGCCGUAGCGGGUCUACGGCGGGCGCUACGAAUAGUUCUCGCGUUGUGGGCGCUGUCUUUGUUAGCCGCUUCGCCCUUUGCCCACUACACAACUGUGAACUAUCAUGAUUACCCACCUAUGUCAGGGAACGCGUCCCUGGAGUCAGCGUUCUGCGCGAUGCUGGAGCUGCCCUCUUGGUACAUCUGCGAGCUGAGCAGCUUUUUCUUCUUCAUUCUGCCUGGUCUGAUCAUCCUCUGCCUGUACGUGAGAAUGGGCUUGCGCAUCAGGUCCACCCACAGUCACAGCCCGGGAAGUCCCGGGAUUCUGAAUGGAGUGAACGGCAGCGUGCACGGCGAGGCACGCCAGGCGCAGUCCAGAAAGAACAUCAUACGGAUGCUAGCUGCGGUAGUCAUCGCAUUCUUCGUCUGCUGGGCACCUUUCCACUUCCAGCGACUGUUCUUCAUCUACGGCACUGGCGUUCACCACUACCACACCAUCAACGAAUACUUGUUCUUCGCCGCUGGUUUCUUUUACUACAUCUCAGCUACUGUCAACCCCAUCUUGUAUAACAUCAUGAGCCAUAGGUAUCGCAUUGCGUUUAAAGAAACACUUUGCUGCCGAGAAGUUCGUCGCAAGAAGAGUAGGUACAGAGAUCAGUCCAGCGUUAGAGAAACUAUGGUCAACCAUACAUCAGAUGGCUCCCAUUUAGUUCGUGUUAGGUCCCAUAGUCACGAUCGCAGGAAUCGAAGUGAAUACCGAACGAGAAGAAACAGCUUCUGCAGUUCUGACACCACCAGCAUUUACAGCGAUAGAUGGAGGGACAACAACAGAAGACCCAAGGGCAUCUGGAGUAAGAACAACAACGAAACCGUUCUUAUGCUAAAGGAUUAUAAAUAUGAUUGUGAAUUGUAG